UGAAAAAGCAAACUCUGAACCUGACAACAAAUGUGACCACCAGGGUCCCAACAGAGAUCACAAAUCACAGCAUGGAGAUGAAGCGAAGAUGAAGCCCUUCCCCACUCCAGUCCAAGACCCCCCAAUUCUUUAUACAAAGCUGUUCAUCGAUAACGAUUGGCACAAGUCAUGCAGCGGCAGGAAGAUUCCUGUGUUUAAUCCCACCACAGGGGAGCUGCUGUGUGAAGUGGAGGAGGCUGAUUCAGAAGAUAUAGACAAAGCUGUAAAGUGCGCCAGAGCCGCCUUCCAGAUGGGGUCACCAUGGCGCUCCAUGGACGCCUCGGACAGAGGUCGCCUCCUAAACCGACUUGCUGACUUAGUGGAAAGAGAUCAGCUCUUACUGGCAACACUAGAGGCUCUGGAUGCUGGGAAAGUCUUUCUCAUGGCAUAUUUUGUAGAUCUGAUGGCCACAAUCAAGACGUUGAGGUACUACGGUGGCUGGGCGGACAAGAUUCAUGGAAAAACUAUUCCCGUAGAUGGAGAGUACUUCACUUAUACAAGACAUGAAGCCAUCGGAGUUUGUGGCCAGAUCAUCCCUUGGAACUUCCCACUGAUGAUGUUUGUGUGGAAGAUCGCUCCGGCUCUGUGCUGCGGGAACACCGUCGUCAUCAAACCUGCAGAGCAGACCCCAAUAACAGCUCUGCACAUGGCUGCACUCAUCAAAGAGGCUGGCUUUCCUCCAGGAGUGGUGAACGUGGUGCCAGGUUAUGGUCAAACCGCAGCCUGUGCCAUUUCCCACCAUAUGGACAUUGACAAAGUGGCCUUUACUGGAUCUACAGCUGUGGGGAAACUCAUCCAGAAAGCAGCAGGUGAAAGCAACCUGAAGAGAGUUACUCUGGAACUUGGUGGAAAAAACCCAAAUAUCGUCUUUGCAGACUGUGACUUGGAGCAUGCGGUGGAGCAGGCCCACAGUGGCCUGUUCUUCAACCAGGGCCAGUGCUGUCUGGCUGGAUCCAGAGUGUUUGUGGAGGAACCAAUCUACGAAGAGUUUGUUCGCCGCAGUGUCCAGAAAGCCAAGUCCAGAGUGCUGGGGAAUCCACUGCUCCCAGGCGUGGAUCAGGGACCUCAGAUUGACCAGAAGCAGUUUGACAAGAUAAUGGAGUUGAUAGAGAGCGGGAAGAGAGAGGGAGCUACGCUGGAGUGUGGAGGGGCACCAUGGGGUCAGCACGGACUUUUCAUCCAGCCGACUGUCUUCUCAAAUGUCACUGACGACAUGCGCAUCGCCAAAGAAGAGAUCUUUGGUCCAGUGCAGCAGAUAAUGAGUUUCCGUAGCAUCGGCGAAGUCAUUCAGCGAGCCAACGCCACACACUACGGCCUGGCAGCAGGAGUGUUUACCAGCGACAUCAACAAAGCCCUCACAGUCUCCUCCGCUCUGCAGGCUGGCAUGGUCUGGGUGAACUGCUACAAUGCCAUGAGCGCUCAGUGUCCAUUUGGUGGCUUCAAGAUGUCCGGGAAUGGUAGAGAGCUGGGGGAAUAUGCUCUGCAGGAAUACACAGAGAUCAAGGCAGUCACCAUCAAAAUCUCACAGAAAAACUCAUAGUAUUGUUGUUUCUGUCGUGUUGUAGCGCUCACAGAUACUUAGGAGCA